ACUUUGUUUGCCAUCUAAAAGGUCGCUCCUUUUUCUCUAUGCCUUCGAAAUAAUGGAACCAAGCCUCUCCCAUGGCUUCCUUCUGUCUAAACUCCGUACCACUUCCCCCACCUUCUCACCCUCGCAAACUCACUGAAACUUCUUCCUCCUCCUCGUCUUCUUUACUUCUUGAUGGCCAGAAUUAUACCCCAGCAGGGGCCUUGAAACCCAUAGUUGCCAGAGGGAAUCCCCCGACUUUUGUAUCUGCUCCUGGUCGCCGAAUUGUGGCCGUUGGAGAUCUACAUGGAGAUCUCGGGCAAACUAGAACUGCACUUGAGAUGGCUGGUGUAUUGAGCUCUGACGGCCAAGACUUGUGGACUGGUGGAGAAACUGUGUUGGUUCAACUUGGAGAUGUGCUAGACCGAGGUGAGGAUGAAAUUGCCAUCUUGUCUUUGCUACGAUCAUUGGACAAACAAGCAAAAGCAAAAGGUGGAGCUGUCUUUCAGGUUUGUAAUGGCAACCAUGAGACUAUGAAUGUGGAAGGGGAUUUCAGAUAUGUUGAAUCUGGGGGAUUUGAUGAGUGCAGUGAUUUUCUGGAAUACAUGACUGAUUCAGACAAUGACUGGGAAGAGACCUUUGCUGGUUGGGUAGAUGUCUCUGAAAGUUGGAAAGUAGAUCAGAGGAUGUCAAGGAACUCUUGGGGUCCCUGGAAUCUAGUGAAGAGGCAGAAAGGAAUCAUUGCCAGAUCAAUCCUUUUUAGGCCUGGUGGCUCAUUAGCGUGCGAGUUAGCAAGGCAUCCUGUUGUACUCAAGGUCAAUGACUGGGUCUUCUGUCAUGGUGGCCUUCUUCCUCACCACGUUGACUAUGGAGUGGAGAACAUGAAUAAAGAAGUGUCCGACUGGAUGAGAGGUCUGAGUGAGAACGAUGGUGAUCCCAAAGUCCCUUUCAUAGCCACUAGAGGCUACGACAGCGUUGUUUGGAAUCGUUUGUAUUCAAGAGAUACAAUGGACUUGGUGGACUAUAAGACGAAGCAGGUAUAUUCCAUUCUUGAAGAGACACUACAAGCAGUUGAUGCUAGGGCCAUGGUUGUUGGGCAUACUCCUCAACCCAUGGGUGUAAAUUGUAAAUACAAUUGUAGCAUAUGGCGUGUGGAUGUUGGAAUGUCCGGCGGAGUUCUUAAUUCGAGACCAGAGGUUCUGGAAAUUAGAGGCAAUGAAGCAAGAGUUAUUAGGAGCAAAAGGGACACAUACAGCGAACUUCAGGUUGUUGAAUAUAUUUAGAGACAAAUAAUUAUCGACCAGGUAGAUUGAAUUUCAACCGGUUUGCCUAUUGUUUGUUCUGUCGUAGUAUCAAUUGGGAAUAUGAGAAGUAACGCUGCUACAAUAUCUUCUUCUACCUUAAGGACAACGUAAUCCCAGUCCUCAUGUUGCUCCUAAGCCGUUUGUCUGGCAGUCUUUAGCAUUCUCAAAGUGGAACUUGUCCGAGCAUGUACUGGUCACACACUAAUGCUAAUAAUACAUAUGUACAUGCAACUUGCUGGAGCGUUCUAAUGCAGAUGCAUUUCAACUUGCCAAUAACAGUAAUGGUCAUGAUGGUGGUGGUGGUGAUAUCUUGCUCAUCCACACAAUAUUGCUGCAACCAUGAUUCCUUAUUUCUUAACUGUGCAUCUGCAGGAAGGAAAGGCCUCCAGCUAGGUCCAAUCCAAUAAUGUCAAAUUUACCAUCCGUUGAUUUGCCAAGUCACAGUCAUUCGUUGCUUCUCUGGAACUCGUGAUGACUGGCACAGCGCACCAAUUUUGGCAAUUCAAUGGGUUUUUGUAUGUAUCGUUCUCUGGUGUUUCCAAUCUUUUUAAUACCAAAAAGGGUUCAAACCAUUGAUCUGUACUCGUAUAUAUUUUUUCCCCUAGUUUUCUGGUUGAAUUUUAGCAUUUGUAUGCUAAAAUUACUGGCCAUAAGUGAGCUCAUGAUAACUGUAAUCUCUUCUAAUGCACCACGAUGAACUGAAAAAUUAGUUAUGCGAUCUCAAAGUGCUUAUUCU